AUGUUUGGGCUGUGGAGAGCCUUCGCCAGCGUGGUCUUCUACCUGACCCUGGCCUUCGGCUGUGGGGGGCUGGUGGGGAACGGGCUCGUCCUCUGGCACCUGGGCCUGCACGUCAGGAAGGGGCCCCUGGCCGUGUACGUGCUGCACCUGGCCGCCGCCGACUUCCUGUUCCUGGGCUGCCAGGUGGCCUCCUGCGUUGCCCAGGCCGCCCUGGGCUCCCAGAGCGCCCUCUCCUUCGUCAUCCCCUUCCUGGGCUUCGCCGCGGGGCUCUGGCUGCUGGCGGCCUUCAGCCUCGAGCUCUGCUUGUCCGAGGUCUUCGCCACCUGCUACCAGAGCUGCCGCCCCAGGCACACGUCGGGCCUCGUGUGCGGCCUGCUUGGGAGCCAGCAUCUCACGGCCGCGGGGGUCGUUUAUGAGGCUGUCGGCUUUCUCACUCGAGAGUGGUGCGCGGCCUCUUAUGGGGAUCUGGGAGUAUGA